AUGGAGCAUUCAACGCCAGUUUCUACUCCAAUCGAAGAGAAGUUCAAAUUGUUGAGAGAAGAUAAAGGAAGAACAGUAAAUCCUACAUAUUACAAAAGCUUGAUUGGAAGUCUAAGGUACCUGACUGCGACUAGACCAGAUAUUGUGUUUGGAGUUGGUUUGCUUAGCAGAUUUAUGGAGGAGCCUUGUACGAACCAUUUGCAAGUGGCAAAGAGAAUUCUUCGAUAUAUCAAAGUAUUUCAUGGAAGAUCGAAGCAUAUUGAUAUUCGGGUUCACAAAAUCAGAGAGUUGGUGAAUGAAAAAGAAGUUAUGAUCGAGUACUGUCCAACUGAAGAACAAGUUGCAGAUAUAUUUACAAAGCCAUUGAAGACCGAGUUAUUUUACAAGUUGAAGAAGAUGCUUAGAAUGAUAAACUCUACAAGCUUGAUUUAA